AUGGCAGCCAUGGCUCCCAGGAUCCGAGACGACCACUUUGGAAGGAGAGUCAUCACCUUCAGCUGCUGCCGCCUGCCCCCUUCCCAUGAGCUGAACCACAAGCGCCUGCUUGAGUACCUGAAGUUCACGCUGGACCAGUAUGUGGAGAACGACUACACCCUCGUCUACUUCCACUACGGGCUCAACAGCCUGAACAAGCCGUCCCUGGGCUGGCUGCAGAGCGCCUACAAGGAGUUUGACCGAAAGUACAUGCCCGGGACCCUGCCAGGCGGGUGGGCCACACCGGUGUCUGAGAGGGCACGCUGGAAAGGGGCACCCCCUGAAGGCCCCCGUGUCCCCCUCCACAGGUACAAGAAGAACCUGAAAGCCCUCUACGUGGUGCACCCCACCAACUUCAUCAAAGUCCUGUGGCGCAUCUUCAAACCUUUCAUCAGCCACAAGUUUGGGAAGAAAAUCACCUACUUCAACUACUUGAGUGAACUCUGGGAGCACCUCAAACCGGACCAGCUGAGCGUCCCCCCGGAAGUGGUCCGGUACGACGAGAAACUCCGGAACCUACACAGCGGCCGCCCUCCCCCUCUCGUCAAGACCCCACCGCCACGCCCACCCCUGCCCACCCAGCAGUUUGGCGUCAGUCUGCAAUACCUCAGAGACAAAAAUAAAGGCGAGCUCAUCCCACCCGUGCUGAGGGCCACUGUGACGUACCUUCGAGAGAAAGGAUUGCACACCGAGGGCUUGUUCCGGAGAUCGGCCAGCGCUCAGACCAUCCGAGAGAUUCAGAGGCUCUACAACCAGGGGAAGCCCGUGGACUUCGACCACUACGGGGACAGCCACGUGCCCGCCGUGAUCCUGAAGGCCUUCCUCCGCGAGCUGCCCCAGCCACUGCUGACCUUUGAGGCCUACGAGCUGAUUCUGGGGAUUACCAGUGUGGAGAGCAGCCUGCGUGUGGCCCACUGCCGCCAGGUGCUGCACGGGCUCCCGGAGCACAACUAUGCCGUCCUCCGCUACCUCAUGGGCUUCCUGCACACAGUAUAUGCCCAGUAG